GAUGUCUAAUUCUGUUUUGUCUUCCUCUCCUGUAUUUUUUGGUGUAGCAACAGAAUUGGAACCCGAUGAUCUUUACAAACUUGAACGUCAAUAUUUACCUUUAGGCAAAGUUGGCGGAUUUCCUGCGUGGCUAAAUCCAGUGACAAUUCCUCAAAGUGAAGAUUUGGAAUGCUUGGUAUGUCAUUCACCUAUGGCCUUUUUAUUACAAAUAUAUUGCACAAAUUCAUCAGAACCUCCACAUGCCUUUCAUCGUGUUCUUUAUAUAUUUGCUUGUCGAAAAGGAUGUGCAAAUCCAAAUGAUUCUUCUAAUUUUUCUGUUUUUCGUUGUCAAUUACCCCGAGACAAUCAAUUUUAUAGUUUUGAUGGGCCAACACCUUUACCUUCUACUUCUUCAGCUUCUUUUGACCCUUUCUUUAAUUCUGAGACUUUUCCCAAGCUUUGUGUUGUUUGUGGAUGUCGGGCUGGGAAGAGGUGCUCAAAAUGUUCAAAAAGAAUGUAUUGUUCGAGGAAUCAUCAAAUAAUUGAUUGGCAAACAGGCCAUAGAGAAGAGUGUGGUGCAGAUGAGAAAGAUUUUUUUACUUGUGCCGAAAAAGCAAAACUUCGAGAAAAACAAGGAUUUACUUUUAAAGAAUAUGGAAUUGAAAUGGUUGUUGAAGAGGAGGAGGAAAUUGUGGAAAAUAGUGAUGAGGAUGAAGAUGAAAAUAAAAUGGAAGAGGAUGAAAAUGAAGAAGAAGAAAAAAGAAAGAAAUUAGAGGAUUUAAUGAUUGCUAAAGAAAAUGAAAAUAUAAAAAAUAAAAAUGAAGAAGCAAUUGAAGACGAUUUAAAUAAAAUUGAAGAAGAAAUAGAAGAUUUAGCAUUUAAUAAUUUUACUAAAAUAAUUCAACAAGAAUCAAAACAAAUUUUACGUUACCAAAGGGGUGGGCAUUUUAUUUUGGCAACAGAUUUUUCUUCUCCAAAUUUAAUACCUAAUUGUGAAUUGUGUGGAGGGCCUCGACAAUUUGAAUUUCAAUUAAUGCCCUAUUUACUUUCUUUAAUUGAUAUUGACUCUGUUGGGGGACAAAGUUUAGAUUGGGCAACUCUUUUAAUAUUUACUUGCAAAAAUAGUUGUCAAAGUAAUGAAUAUAUUAAAGAAUUUAUAUUUAAACAAGAUUUUGUUGUUAAAGGAAGCGAGGAUGAAAAGAAUUAAUUUGGAACAGAUUAAAUAUUGUUAACUUGUUAUUAGAUUUUUAAAAAUUCAGAUUGGCCUAAAAUAAAUUUUUUAAUAUAAGUAAACUGGUACAUAUAUGGAUUAAAAUUAGUAAAUGAAAAAUUGGUUUGUAAUAUUCG